CGGAUAUUUGGAUUUCGCAUCCUUUCUAACCCUUUUUUUUUAAAUGUGUUUGCGGGUUUGUGUGUUGUUUUUUUUCCCCUGAGUGGCUAUAAGUAAGCAACCAGCAUCUUAUUGGGCAUCUUUUUUUUUCCUUUUUCUUUUUUCUUUUUGGAAAGGAGGGGACAAAUGCAAAGCUUUCCUUUCCCCCCCUUUUCGAUUUUUGGGAUAAUGAUUUCUGCUGUAUCUUGCCUAUGGAUUUUGGCGGGUGAGAAUUUCUGGAUCGUCUUGUAGAAGAGAGAGGUCUCUUUGAGACAGGAUGGAUGAUCAGAAACCACCUGGUGAGGACCAAUGCUCUGGUACACCAGCAGCAGCAGCGGCAGCAGCAGAUGGAAUUGUGUCCUCAGAAGAGCAGGGCAGUGUGGAAGCUGAUCCUCUGAAGCCGCCAGAAGAAGGCCUUGUGAGAGAAGCAUUGGACACGGUGGAUGUUAAAGAGGAAUUGCUCCAGACUUGUAGCCUCCCACCCAAACGCUGUGCGUUCUGUAACUGCAGCAAGUGGAGCUUGCACGGACAGCGAGAACUGCUGCGGUUUGAUCCUGCACCUGGCUGGACGGCGGACCUUUCUGAUUUGCCAGAAGGAAAGCAGCCUGCCUCUACAGAAGCUGGAAAUGAUGAUCUCACCCUGAUUGGCUUUGCAGACAGUGUGUCAGCAAGGGAGGUGUUUGAGCCAACAGGGCACUUCUGGGCUCAUCACUGGUGUGUGGUGUGGUCAGCUGGAGUUGUACGUGCAGAAGGGACGUGGUUGAGCCUUGUGAACAAAGCUGUCAUCUCAGGGAUUGCACAGAAAUGCGAACACUGUAAAAGGCAAGGUGCUACUAUUCCAUGCCACGCAGAAGGGUGCCAGCGCCACUAUCACUUCCCCUGUGCCGCGGCUAGUGGCUGCUUCCAAUCCAUGAAGAGUUUGAAACUUCUGUGUCCAGAGCAUCUCGAUCAGGCUGUACAGAUGGAGGAUUCACGCUGCAUGGUGUGCGAUGCUCCAGGGGAGCUUCGUGAUCUGCUCUUCUGCACUAGCUGUGGCUUGCACUAUCAUGGCACCUGCUUGGAGAUCACGGUAACGCCGCGGAAACGCUCGGGCUGGCAGUGUCAUGAAUGCAAGGUUUGCCAAACCUGCAGGCUGUCUGGUGAGGACAGCAAGAUGCUAGUGUGCGAAGCCUGUGAAAAAUGCUACCACACCUACUGCUUGAAACCUGCUAUUGAGAGCCUCCCCACAGACUUCUGGAAGUGCAAAAGCUGCCGUGUUUGUUCUGACUGCGGCUUCCGCCCAUCCUCAUUGGAGUCCAGCAUUCAGUGGUACGAGAACUACUCUCUGUGUGAAGGAUGCCGUGAGCAGCGCUGUAGCAAAGCUAACAGUACAGAGGCUGCGCAGCACAGUCCGGAGCAUAUUCCCCCAGCAAACAGCAUCCCCGCAACUGACGAGGUGAUUUCCCCUCAACCCGCAGAAGAAGUUGAUCUGGCCAGUCAGGGACAAGUAGAAGGUCACAUCAGCCCUGUAAGCAUGCAACAAGAAGAACCAGUGCCACUGGAGACUGGCCAGCAGCCCCUUGAUGCGGACAGACCUUUAGAACUGUGCAGUGAGGAGUUGGAGGCCGCUAUAGGGCAGGAGCAAAUGGAAGUGGAAACAGCAUUAGAGCCUGAAAAAGCCCCCUCCCCUCCACCCCCUCCCCCAGUACCACCAGAUCCAGUGUUUUCUGCUCACCCGGAGGAUCCCCCGCUUGGUGCCAAAGAGCAUCCUGCCUUUGAAUUGCUGCCCGCAGAGCCAGAUCCCCCAGAAAGUCACCUUCCAUCUGCACUCUUGGCCCAGGAAGCAGAGUCCUCUCCGAGGAGUCCUCCUCCGCUUGGUGUGCUCCAAGGCGAAUCUUCAGAAACCGUUGAAGAAGAAGGCGAGCCCAGCGAAGAGCCCAUGGACACAGAGAUGGAAGCCUCGGCCCUUGCCAGCCCUGACAGGAAUAGAAUCCAGCCCAACCAAGAGGAGGAGGAGGUGGAGGAAGAGGAGGAGGAAGAGGUAGAGGAAGAGGUAGAGGCGACAGCAGAGCCCAAGAUAGAACACGAACAGAGAUUCUCCCCGCAGCUGAGUGAAGAGGAGGCAUUAGAUGAAGGGCAUGUCACCGUUGAACCAGAACCCAGUGAGAUUCACCUCAGCUUUACCAAUGAAUCCAAGAGCUCUCCUUCCCCCGUAGAGGUGGAAUUGCUGGACAGAACGUCCCUUCCAAUGGAAGCCUAUGGAUCUGCCACCCCACUUGAAGGAGGGGCUCUCGGAGAGGAGGAACUAGGGCCAGCAUCCCCAUCCCCAAGGCCUCACCACCUGGUGAAGUCGGAUAUUGUGAAUGAGAUUUCAAACUUGAGUCAGGGGGAUGCCAGCGCCAGCAGUUUCCCAGGCUCAGAGCUCCCCUUCGCCUCCCCGUAUCACGAAGGCGGAGGCUCGCUUUCCCUAGAGAUGGGUGGCUUAACCUCCACAGACGUCAGUCUGCAGAGGGAGGACGGAGCCUCUUUGCCUCUGGGGGAAAUGGAGGACUCUCUGCUAUUUGAUGUGAAAGGCGAAUGUGAGAAGGGACGACGGCGUAGCUCCCCAGCCCGCUCUCGUGUCAAGCAGGGUCGCAGCAGCAGUUUUCCUGGGAGGAGACGGCCUCGGGGAGGGUCUCACACGGGCCGAGGGCGGGGCCGAUCACGUUUGAAAUCCACCACUUCUUCCAUCGAGACACUGGCGCUGGCCGAUAUUGACAGCUCCCCAAGCAAAGAGGAGGAAGAUGACGACGAUGACACAAUGCAAAACACAGUGGUGCUCUUCUCCAAUACAGACAAGUUUGUGCUAAUGCAGGACAUGUGCGUAGUGUGUGGUAGUUUUGGCCGUGGUGCAGAGGGCCAUCUCCUGGCUUGUUCUCAAUGUUCUCAGUGUUACCAUCCUUAUUGUGUAAACAGCAAGAUUACAAAGGUGAUGUUGCUCAAGGGUUGGCGUUGUGUGGAAUGCAUUGUGUGCGAGGUGUGUGGCAAAGCAUCUGAUCCCUCCCGCCUUCUGCUCUGCGAUGAUUGUGACAUCAGCUACCAUACAUAUUGCCUGGAUCCACCUCUCAACACUGUGCCCAAGGGCGGCUGGAAAUGUAAAUGGUGCGUGUGCUGUGUGCAGUGUGGAGCAGUUUCACCUGGCUUCCACUGUGAAUGGCAGAGCAAUUAUACCCACUGUGCCCCCUGUGCUAGUCUUGUCAUUUGUCCCAUCUGCCAUGUGAAGUACGUUGAGGAUGACCUCCUAAUCCAGUGUCAGCAUUGUGAACGGUGGAUGCAUGCUGUCUGUGACAACCUUUUCAGCGAGGAAGAAGUAGAACAGGCUGCAGAUGAGGGGUUUGAUUGCAGUUCAUGCCAGCCAUAUGUAGUCAAGCCUGUUGUUCCAGUUCCCCCUCCAGAAAUUAUCCCAGUGAAGAUCAAGGAACCAGAGCCCCAAUAUUUUCGUUUUGAAGGUGUUUGGUUAACAGAGACAGGCAUGGCCGUGCUACGGAACCUGUCUUUGUCACCACUGCACAAGCGUCGGCCGCGCAAAACCACACCGAUGACACCAAUGAUGCCACGGCCAGGCGUUCUUAAUGGUGAAGGUGGAAUGGAUUGCAUUGGCUCUCUGGGUGCAGAUGAAAAAAAGGACGGGGAUGUGGAGGCGGAUGAGAUCCUGAAAGCUGAAGUCAGCGUUGAGCACAUGGAGUGUGAAAUCAAACUGGAAGCCCCGCCUACUCCAGAGAGGGAAGCUGCAGCCGAGGCCGAAGCGGGAAAAGGCCUUCUGGAAGAUUCUGAGGAGGUCAAGAAGCGGAAAAGGAAGCCCUAUCGCCCGGGUAUUGGAGGUUUCAUGGUGCGACAGCGGAAAUCACACACGCGCUUGAAAAAGGGCUCAGUAGUCUUGGCCGAAGUCUCUCGGGAGCUGACAACUACGGAAGGGCAACCGGAAGAAGGGGUGCAACCUAACCCAGCUGCUGAAAACCCUGCUGAGACCUUGGCUGAACAGGGAGUGGUUGAAGCUGAUGAAAAGAAGAAACGGCGGGGGCGGAAGAAGAGCAAGCUAGAAGACAUGUUCCCUGCCUAUCUUCAGGAAGCAUUUUUUGGGAAAGCACUCCUAGACCUGAGCAGACAGGCUUUGUUGGCUGCUGCUGGUGUGGGUGGAGAUGGAACUGCCCAUCCUCCUGUUGGUCAGGGACCUCCCAGGCCCAAGGUGGAUUCCAGCAGGCUCCAAAAAGGGCCAGAGGAUGGAAAGGCAGCUCCAGUUCAGCCCAAAGGGGAUGAAUGCCUUAGUAGCAGGGAAGCAGCAGCUCCCGAAAGCAACUUGAAAGCAGCUGAUGCCAAGACUGAGAAUACUGGGACAGAAGAGCAGAUGGUGCCCAAGACCUCUCCAGAACCUACAGGUGCCGAGAACCCAGCCACACCCCCGGGGGAGGGGGUGCUCAGCUCCGACCUUGACAAAAUCCCCACUGAAGAGUUGCCGAAAAUGGAGAGCAAGGAUGUUCAGCAGCUCUUCAAAGAUGUCCUGGGUUCUACUGAACGAGAGCAGCAGCUUAAUUCUGUUGGGGUGGAUGCUGAGGCCAGAGGCAUGCGUGAUCCAAACUGCUCCCAGCUUGCCCAGAGGCCUUUUCUUCAAGGUGGUGGUACAUCUCUUGGGCCCCUGCAGCCUGCCAUACCCAUGGAGACUUACUCUGGAGUUUGCCAGUCCCCGUUCCUUGAUAAUAAGGAGAGGAGUGGCUUCUUCAGCCCUGAGCAGUGUGAACCAGAGAGUCCUUGGGCCAGCAGCUCUGCAGCUUCCACACCAACUACACCCACCACAGAGGGGGAGAGUGAUGGACUCUCAUAUAACCAGCGGAGCCUGCAACGUUGGGAGAAGGACGAGGAAUUGGGAGAGCUUUCCACCAUCUCACCUGUCCUCUAUGCCAACAUGAAUUUCCCCAGCCUGAAGCAGGAUUACCCAGACUGGUCUAGCCGUUGCAAGCAGAUCAUGAAGCUUUGGCGAAAGGUGCCAGCUCCAGACAAAGCUCCAUAUUUGCAAAAGGCCAAAGAUAACCGGGCAGCCCAUCGCAUCAACAAGGUGCAGAAGCAAGCUGAGAGCCAGAUCAGCAAACAAACCAAAGUGGAGGUGCUGCGAAGGCCCGACCGCCCCACGCUUCAUCUGCGCAUACCAUCUCAGGCAGGGGUGCUGCCUGGAGCCCCUCAGCCGUUGCCACCUCCUUCCUCUGCUGCUUCAGCCUCGGGACAGCCCCUCUAUAUUAAUCAUGCUGCAGUUCUGCCAAGUGGGCCGGGUAUUGAGUCGCCCAGUGAGCUCUUCCUUAAGCUUCCCUCUUCUGCCACCAGUGCCCAGCCCCCAGUGCAAGUGCCUUUGCACGAGCCCUACGGCAUGGCCUCUGCUUGCCCCCCACCAGAUCCAGGUUUUCCUUCCCCCUCCUUGGUGGGCCAGAGUCCUACAGUGCCUAGCGGCUUUGUCUCUUCCUCCUCUGCCUCCUCUGGACAAUCUCCGCUCCUACCAAACCCUCGUCCGUCCCCGCAAGCUGGAGAGUUGCAGCCCACCCCGCCUGGAACCCCAAGGCAUCAGCCCUCCACGCCGGACCCCUUCCUUAAGCCCCGCUGCCCCACUGGAUCCUUGGAAAACUUGACGGUGCCUGGAAGUCCUCAGCGAGCUGCGCUUCUGCUUUCCCCCCCACCCUUUGGGGAGCAGCAAAAAAAGGGGUUGGAUAUCAAGAAGGAAGAGACCGGUCCAGGGAUCAACUCUCCUAGUUACAGCUGCAGCUAUAGCAACUCCCCUUCCAGUGCUCUCCCCUCCAGUGAAAUGAAGGCCCCGGACGUUUUUAAAGCCCCGCUCACCCCACGCCAGUCUCAGGUGGAGCCACAAAGCCCGGGUUUAGGGCAUCGCCCCCCAGAUUCUCACCCUCUGGCUGCUUCCCCACCCAGCCAGGCUGAUCUCUACAGGCAGUCACCUUACCCGGAUCCCUAUGCCCAGCCCCCACUCACCCCGAGGCCUCAGCCCCAACUCCCAGAGCCCUGCUGUGUUUUGCCUCCCCGGUCCCUGCCUUCGGACCCCUUCUCACGCAUACCUGCCAGCCCACAGUCUCAAUCAAGCUCCCAGUCCCCCCUCACUCCCCGUCCCCUCUCCACUGAGGCCUUCUGCCAGUCUCCCGUCACUCCUCGCUUUCAGUCCCCUGACCCCUACUCACGGCCCCCCUCCAGGCCCCAGUCCCGGGACCCCUUUGCCCCGCUGCACAAGCCCCCUCGGGCUCAAAUUCCAGAUGUUGGCUUCAAGCCGAUGCCCGUCUCCCAUAAUACCCUGACAGUUGGGAAUUUCUCAGCGGUGCCACCCCCAUCUGAGUCCCACCCAAAGACCAGCCAGCAGUCUCAGUUUAUUCGUUCCCCUGGUGCAGGUGUCUUUCCCAGUGCUCAGCCGCAGAUGCGGUUCACCUUCCCUCCCAAUGAGCCAGUCAAGAACUCUCCUUCCCAAGGGGUCAACAGCCAUUUUGCUCCUGGCAAACCUCAAAGCACAAGUUAUGUUUCUUCACCGGGCUUCCACCAGGUUGGGAGCCCUCUGGGCCCAAGCAAGAACACCCCAGACUCUUAUACGAUUUCCCCGUUACGACCUCCGUCGGUGCUGCCCCAGCAGCCACCUUCACAGCAAGAUGGCGCUUUGUCCUUCCUGCCGCGAGGAGGCAUGCCUUCAGGUGACAAGAGGGAGGAGGGGACCAUAGGACCCCCCAGCAGGGAGCUGCAAGAACUGACGGCUGGCCAGGAGGGGGCCGCUGGCAGCAACGCUACUCAGACAGAGAUGGAAAAACAGCGCCAGCGUCAGAGGCUCCGGGAGUUGCUUAUCCGUCAGCAGAUCCAGAGGAACAACUUGAGGCAAGAAAAAGAGAGCGCAGCAGCUGCGGCCACCGGGGUUCAGUCCUCCUGGAAUGCCGAAGGCCCCGGACCAGCCUUUGAGCAGAUCAACCGCAGCAUGACUCCUUACCCAUCGGCACAGGACAAGGGAUUACUUGGCAGCCUGGGGAGCGCUCCAGGAGGCAACAAGCUGCCCAGUGGUGUGAUGGUACAGGCACCCUACAUACAGGAUGAACGAAUGGUCCGGCCAUCUCCAGCGGCAACACCCUCUGCCAUGGAUAUUAAUGGCAGGCCAUCGGUGACAGCAGCUGCCCAGCCCUUUUAUCCCCGCAGUGUCUUCCAAACGCCACCUACACAGCAACAGAUGUGGCAGCAGCAGCAGCAGCAGCAGCAGCAGCAACAAGCAGCAUCCAUGCGUCUCCCAAUCUCCUCACGUUUCCCCCAUCCCCCCACACAAGACCUAAGUCGACAAACUUUGGGAGGCCUGGCUCCACGCCUGCCUGGUCCCGGUGAACCAUUUCAGACUUCCUCUGGCCCACUGGGAGCUCAGUUCAUUGAGUUGCGGCACAACAUCUCCAAGGGAGUGCUAGGAAGUGGAGCUGGCCCUCCCUUCAUCCAGCAGAAUCUGCAGGCUCGACCCAGAUUCUUCCUGCCUGGGAACGACAGCACCAAUCAGGCUUUGAAAGCUUCUGUUAUGCCAGUGCAGGCCCCUGUCCUGGGAAACCAAGGCCUACAAUCACAGAAGAUCCCUAUUUCAUCCUCUCUUCAGGGUUCAGAGAUGAGCAAUAAUCAUCACUCUCAUGCCAAGGCCAUUCCCCAGUUGAUUCUGCCUCCGGGCAACAUGGAAGUGCGACACAUGGCAGCUCGAACACCCUCCUCGUCUGUCCCUAAAGAUGUACCCCUCACCUCAACUAACAUUGAUUCUACCCCAGCCGCUGGCAAGAAUCAGCUAAGUCUGGUCAAUAGGCCAUUAGCUUGCGAGGUCCCAGUGGAACCCGAUUUAGAUGACGAGUUUGAUUCUCACAAGGAUCUUGUUGAAGAUGAUGAUGACUUGGCCAACUUAAGCCUUGAUCCAGACGUUGCCAAAGGUGAUGAUGAUCUUGACAACCUGGAUAACCUGGAAACCAAUGACCCGCACCUCGAUGAUCUAUUAAAUGGUGAUGAGUUUGAUUUGCUUGCAUAUACAGACCCAGAGCUGGAUACCGGUGAUAAGAAGGAUAUCUUCAAUGAGCAUCUGCGGUUGGUGGAAUCUGCCAACGAAAAGGCUGAACGUGAGGAUCGGCUUAAAAAAGAACCCUCCGUAAGUCCCUACCUCAAGGAUGCUCCUUCUGCUGGUAUUGGCAAGCCCGAUGAACAGAAGGCACCAAUGCCCAGGGAUGAUGUUCCCAAAGUGAAAGAGGGACUUGGUCUUCUCCAGGUUCCCUGUUCAUCUUCUGCAAGGGUGUCUCCAUCUCCCAUCCUUACAACCUUCAAGGCCCAAAGUGACCUGCUGGACAGCAAAAUGGCUAGCCUGCCAGCUGAUAUCAAACCCAAGGUAGAGGAAGGGUGUUUAAAGUCUUCACCCUGCCAGUUUAACACUAGCACCGUAGAGAAACCUCCUGUGAAAUCUGAAGGAGCAGAGAAAAUGAUUGCUACCUUAGGAGUCAACAUCAAAACCAACCCGAAUCUCAUGAGUCCUGGCGGGGUGCAACUUGGCAUGACUCAGUUCCACAGCAACAAUCACCCUCCCAUAUCAGAUAAGGUCCUCUACAGCACCCAAACCCGUCCAUCGCUUAUUCCCGUCUCGAUGCCCAACAACACUAACUCCAUCCUGGAAAAAUUUGAGCUAGAUGGGGGACCCUUGAGCCUGAGUAGUAGCCAGCAGCAUUCUCCGGCCGACGAACUAGACAAAAUGGAAAGCUCCCUGGUGGCCAGCGAGCUGCCUCUCCUGAUUGAAGAUCUGCUGGAACACGAAAAGAAGGAACUGCAGAAGAAGCAGCAGAUGUCUGCCCAAAUACCAGGGGGUUCCCAACACCUCCAGCCCCACGCCGUAUUGGCCCAUCCUGCUCCCCCUUCCCAACCUCACGAUGGGCAGCUGGUAAGCCCUCAGCAACAGCUUCAGUUGAGCAUUGUGGCCAGACCACAGAGCAUGGUGGGCAACCAGCAACUGAUGCAGCAGCAGCAGCAGCAGCAGCAACGUCUGGCUGGUCCCCAGCAAAACCAAGGGCUAGCACCACACCUGGCAGUGCCUCAGAACCAAUCUCAACUGCUUACCCCUCAGCAUGGCAUGCAGGCAAAUCACAGCCAACAGAACCAACAGCAGCUCUUAGUCCAGAAAAAUAUGCAAGGAGUCCAGCAGCAGCAGCAGCAGCAGCAGAUGAUGGGACUUAAACCUCAGCAAAUUGUAAUGCAGCAGCAGCAGCAGCAACAACAACAACAGCAGCAGCAGCAGCUGGCUAACAGCUUCUUCCCUGAUACUGAUCUAGAUAAAUUUGCUACUGAGGACAUAAUGGAUCCCAUUGCCAAAGCCAAGAUGGUAGCUCUAAAGGGUAUCAAGAAGGUCAUGGCGCAAGGGAGCAUUGGGGUUGCUCCAGGCAUGAACAGGCAACAAGUCUCCUUGCUGGCUCAGAGGUUAUCUGGAGCUUCAUCUUCAUCUGAAAUGACAAAUCACAUUUUACCUGUAACUGGAGGGCAGGAGCGCAACAAUGAUGCAGCACAGACUCGUCCAAACCCUCCAACCUUUGCUCAAGGUGUCAUCAAUGAGGCUGAUCAGCGUCAGUAUGAAGACUGGCUUUUCCACACCCAGCAGCUUCUCCAGAUGCAGCUAAAGGUGCUGGAGGAGCAAAUCGGGGUGCACCGCAAGUCCCGCAAGGCCCUGUGUGCCAAGCAGCGGACAGCUAAAAAAGCCGGCCGUGAAUUCCCGGAGGCUGAUGCUGAAAAGCUGAAGCUAGUAACUGAGCAACAGAGCAAGAUCCAAAAGCAGCUGGAUCAGGUCCGGAAACAGCAGAAGGAACACACCAACCUCAUGGCUGAGUACCGCAACAAGCAGCAGCAGCACCAGCAACAAACCUCCACGGUCAUGGCCCUCAGCCCCUCCCAAAGCCCUCGUCUCAUGAAUAAGCUUCCCAGCCAGUUGCUUUCUACUCACGGCCUCCAGCAGGGGACACAAGGCCUGCCUGGUCAGGCAGGGGGCCUGCGCCUCCCUCAGGCUGCGCCCAUGGCCGUGCAACAGGGCUUACCAUUCAUGAGCCAGCAGCAGUCCCCGUUGCCGCCACCAUCCGGGGCCACUCCCGCCAGCAAUUUCUUCCCUGGCAACCGCCUGUUACAGGAGAGGCAGCUGCAGCAGCAUAGGCUGCAGCUGGCUCAGAAGCUGCAGCAGCAGAACUUCAUGGGGCAAAUGACAAUGCAGCAGCAGCAGCAGCAGCAAGGCAUGAUGGGACAGCUGUCUGUGCAACAACAGCAGCAGCAGCAGCAGCUUCAGCUUCAGCAGCAAAGCCUGAUGGGACAGGUAUCCGUGCAGCAGCAGCAGCAGCAGCAACAACAACAACAAAGCACAAUGGGCCAGUCUGGUUUGAUGGUUCAGCCGCCGCCGCCACCCCCCACCCCGCAGCCAAAUCAGAACCUGCUCCCUAAGCAACAAGGGCUGCUGAACAGUCAGCCAGGAGCUGUGAUCCAGCAACUCUCUCCACAGCAACAACAACAGCAGCAGCAACAGCAGCAGCAGCAGCAAGUCAUACUAGGGCACUCCAUGCUGCAGCAGCAUCAGGGUGUGUUAAGCCACCAGGCUGUCCAGAGGCCAAUGCUGUUGACUCCGCAGCAACAUCGGACCCUGGGUUGUCCUCAGCAGCUGGCCCAGCAGACUCAGGGGAUGAUGGGGCACCGGCUUCUUUUGUCUCCUCCUCCUCCUCAGCAGCAGCAGCAGCAGCAGCCACCCCCACCGCCACUAACCCCACACCCGGCAGGGCUGCUUGGCCAGCAGAGGUUGCUAGGCCAGCAGCAGCAGCAGCAGCAGAAUUCCCUUGCCCAGCACCAGGCCCUCCUCAGCCAGGGGCCAGGCACGCAGCCAGGACUGUUGUCCCAGGCCCCUCCACCAAGUGCCCUUAGCCAAGGGCAGGGCAUAGCCCCCGAGCCUAUCCAGCACUUUGCGCAGCAGGGGUCUCUGAACCAGCCGCUGCACUCAAGUCAGGGAAUGCAGCCUGCCCUGCCAGCACAGCAGCAGCAGCAGCAGCAGCAGCAGGGCUUGGCUGUGAAGGAACAGCAGGGAGGGCCGGAAGGCGCCAGCGUCCUUCCCCAGGAGGGAGCAGUCCUGCAGCAGCAACAGCUUCGGCCCCAGUUAGGAGGCCAGGAGCUGGGAGGGCAGAUGAAUCCCCCUGACCAGCAAGGGAUGCCCAGCCACGGAGGCCCUUUGCAAGAGCAGUCCUCUCAGCUGAUGCUCCAGCAGCAUGGGGAACCCCAGAAGCAGCCGGCCGAUCUGGGCCAAGCACAGCAGCUUCACCUGGACUCUCAGAAGAAGAGCCUGCUGGGCCCUCUGCAGAUGCAGAUGCAGCAACAGCAGCCCAACAAUAACCUGCAGCAGCAGCAGCAGCAAGGCAGCCAUCUUCAGCAGCCCCUGCGGACUCACCCGACGAUGGAUGGUAUCUUGCAGCAAGAGGUGUCUCCUCAGCAACCGCCACACCACCACCAUCAGCACCGGGAGGCCCCUCAGCCUCCCCACUUGCUCAGCCAACAGAUGGAGCAGCAAAGCCAGGGGCAGAACCCCUUGGCUCCACAGCAAAGGAUUGUGGGCCAAAACAUGGAACCACCUUCCAAAGGCUUACCGGGCCAACUUGCGCAACAACAACAGCAGCAGCAGCAGCAGCAGCAGCGCCUACAAAGCCCAGCUGGACCUUCCAAAACCCCUGGGUUGAUAAUGUCCUUGCAGCAGCAGCAGCAGCAGCAGCAGCAAAGCAUGAUGGUUCCACAGUCAUCCCCCCAAGGCCAAAACUUCCUGGCCAGCCCUGUAAUGGGUCAGAUCCGGGCUCAGCUUCAGGGAGUCAUCUCUAAAAAUCCACAGCUGCGGAACCUCACGCCUCAGCAGCAGCAGCAGCUUCAGGCUCUGCUCAUGCAGCGGCAUCAGCAGAAUUUGCUGCAGCAGAACCAAGCCUUGCGGCAAGGCAGCCCUUACCCGGGGCAGGCCCAGGUGUCAUUGGACCAGGGCCGGCCAGCUGCUCCACAGCUUCCCCUCCCCAGCUCCAUGGGACAGCAGAUCCCAAGGCAGCCGUCCCUCGCUGUAUUCCAGUUUCGUUCAGAACAGGGAUUUGCUGCCUCCGUUGAGCACCAGAGGGUCCCGGUCAACCAGCAGGUGGCCACCAGUCCUCACCAGCAGGGGGCACCAAGGCUUCCGACUCCUCCGACUCCCUCUGUCCCCUUGAGCGUUGCUGGUGUGGCCCCUCUACCACCGCAGCAGCCCAGCCCUUCAGAGCCAAAGAGACCAUCCCCAUUGCUUCUGGCUAAAAGCCCUGAACAGCAGCCGGCUCCCGCCCAGAAACACCAGCCAACCACUCCCAGUCCCCUGCUCUCCCCUAACCCAGCGCUUUUCAUUCCAAACACAAAGGAAACGGCUCUCGGCCCCGGGAGCCUCAGAAACUCAGUGUCCCCCACCAAAGUGCCCACGGAGCCAGCCGCGGUCAAUGGGCAGACGAGGGAAUUGGCUUCCUCAGUCAUGGGAAAAGCUUUGCCCCAGUCAGGAGACCCUCCCCUUGUUUGUAUCAAACAGGAACCCAGGGAAGAGGUAGCCCAGUGUGCACUGAUGAGUGGUCCCCAGCCAGUCAAGCGGGAAGCAAACGGGGAGCCUGUCUCGCAAGCAGCCACUGUGGUGGCAGCUGUUGCCGCUGCCGCUGUUGCGGUGCCCACUAACAAUAACAGCCUCAGCCGCACUGAAGCCAGCCAUCUCUUGCUGCAGAAAUUGCUCCGUGCCAAGAACGUCACGCUGGGGACUCAGCGCUCAGGUGAUGUCAACGGGCACGUGGAUGGCAAAUUUGCUGGGACGGAGGGCCGAUUGCAGAUGGCGCCAGAUGUUCGGGAGGAUGUCCUCGCAGCAAAGAAACUCCCCCCACCGAAGCCAAAGCGAUCCCAAAAAGCUGGGGAGCGACUUGUCAAUUCCCGCAAGAAACUGCGCAAGGAGGAUGGAGUGAAGUCCAACGAAGCCCUCAUGAAACAACUGAAGCAGGAACUCUCUUUGCUGCCUCUGAUGGAACCGGUAAUCACAGCCAAUUUCAACCUCUUCCCCCCCUUUGGAAGCAGCCCGAUCAAUGGCAAGAGCCAGUUGAAAGGCACAUUUGGCAAUGCGGCCUUGGACAGCAUUCCAGAUUACUACUCCCAGCUGCUCACCAAAAACAACUUGAGCAACCCUCCAACACCACCUUCCUCACUGCCCCCCACACCCCCACCCUCUGUGCAGCAGAAGCUGGUGAAUGGCGUCCUGUCUUCUGAGGAGCUGACCGGGCAGUUCAAAGAGCCAGAGCUACCCCAUGAGCCUGGAGGACAGAAGGAUGCUCCCCCUGUGGAAGUGAAAAGCUUAGAUCUGCUUGCAGCUCUGCCUACCCCACCACACAACCAGACUGAGGACGUCAGGAUGGAGAGUGAUGAGGAGAGUGAUUGCCCUGACUCCAUUGUCCCAGCGUCGUCUCCAGAGAGUGUCUUGGGAGAAGAGAUACCACGCUUCCCAUUGCUGAUUGGAGCCAAGUCUGAAGUGGAGGAGUGCCCCAUGUCCCCUGUCAUCCCCAUAAUUCCAAAGGGCAGCAUCCCAGUUUUCCCAGAUUCCAAAUCCUAUGGGACUGUAGAGCCAGUGGGAAAGGAGACGCCCGGCACUUCCUGGGAGAGAGCCAAAGGGAGUGAGGUCUCUGUCAUGCUCACCGUGUCUGCAGCUGCUGCCAAGAACUUGAACGGUGUCAUGGUGGCAGUGGCAGAGCUUUUGAGCAUGAAGAUUCCCAGUUCUUAUGAAGUACUGUUUCCAGAGCGAAAUGUAACCGGUGAACCCAGGAAAGGUGAAACUGAUGCACAAAGUAAAGAGAAGCCGGUUGUUUCAAAGGGCCCUGAAGGAGGACCAGAGUGGCUGAAACAGUUUGACGCCAUGUUGCCUGGCUACAGUCUCAAGAAUGAACUGGACAUCUUAACUUUGCUCAAACAGGAGACUUCAGUUCCAGAAAAAGCUGCUCAACACUGCUACAUCAACAACGUCGCCAAUCUGGAUGUCCGGCAACUUUUGAUGCUUCCUGAAGAACCGUCUCCUCCCCUGUCCCCGUUUGCACCCUCUCCACCAAGCCCGCCCAAGGUUCCCGAGCCGCCGCCUGAGCCCGAAGCACCACCUGCGCCCGUGGCCUCCCCUCCGCCCUCAUCUCCUAAAGAAGAAGCUCCUCAGUCUCCCCCUAAAGCCAAGCCUCGCUCCAGGCCCCUGGAAGAGAAUGAGGAGAGCAAGCCAAGGCUAAAAAAGUGGAAAGGGGUGCGUUGGAAACGAUUACGCUUCCUCAUUACCAUUCAGAAGGGUGGUACCAAGCGUGACGGGGAGAGGGAGAUUGCGGAGUUCAUCGAGCGCUUGGCGACCACUCUUCGGCCCGAGAAAGUGCCACAUGAUUUACGGAAGUGCUGCUUUUGCCACGAGGAAGGAGAUGGGGCCACAGAUGGGCCAGCCCGCCUCCUUAAUCUUGAUCUGGACUUGUGGGUGCACCUCAACUGUGCCCUCUGGUCCACGGAGGUUUACGAGACUCAGGGCGGGGCCCUCAUUAACGUGGAAGUGGCGCUGCACCGGGGCCUGCUCACCAAAUGCUCACUUUGCCAGAAGACCGGUGCCACUAACAGUUGCAACCGUAUCCGCUGCCCCAACGUCUAUCACUUUGCUUGUGCUAUCCGUGCCAAGUGCAUGUUCUUCAAGGACAAGACGAUGCUGUGCCCCCUGCACAAGCUCAAGGGUCCCUGCGACCAGGAGCUCAGCACCUUCACUGUCUUCCGGCGGGUUUACAUCGAGCGGGACGAGGUCAAGCAGAUCGCCAGCAUCAUCCAGCGCGGGGAGCGCCUCCACAUGUUCCGAGUGGGAGGCCUGGUCUUCCAUGCCAUAGGGCAGCUCUUGCCCCACCAGAUGGCAGACUUUCACAGCGCCACGGCACUCUACCCUGUGGGCUACGAGGCCACCCGCAUCUACUGGAGUUUGCGGACCAACAACCGGCGUUGCUGCUACCGUUGUACCAUUUGCGAGAACAACGGCCGGCCCGAGUUUGUGGUUCAAGUGAUGGAGCAUGGUUUGGAGGAUUUGGUCUUCACAGAUUCCUCGCCACAGGCCGUCUGGAACCGCAUCAUCGAACCGGUGGCUAUGAUGCGCAAGGAAGCUGACAUGCUGCGACUUUUCCCUGAGUAUCUAAAGGGAGAAGAGCUCUUUGGCUUGACAGUGCAUGCUGUUCUGCGCAUCGCGGAGUCCCUGCCUGGUGUAGAGAGCUGCCAGAAUUACCUGUUUCGCUAUGGACGUCAUCCACUCAUGGAGCUGCCACUCAUGAUCAAUCCCACCGGUUGUGCUCGAUCAGAACCCAAAAUCCUUACACACUACAAACGGCCCCACACUCUGAACAGCACCAGCAUGUCCAAAGCUUACCAGAGUACAUUUACAGGUGAAACAAACACACCCUAUAGCAAGCAGUUUGUGCACUCCAAGUCCUCACAGUAUCGCCGUCUCAAGACCGAAUGGAAGAACAAUGUGUACCUGGCCCGAUCCCGCAUCCAGGGGCUUGGGCUUUAUGCUGCCAAGGAUCUUGAGAAGCACACAAUGGUUAUUGAAUACAUUGGCACCAUCAUCCGGAACGAGGUUGCUAAUAGGCGGGAGAAGAUCUACGAGGAGCAGAACCGAGGCAUCUACAUGUUCCGUAUCAAUAAUGAGCAUGUGAUUGAUGCCACCCUAACAGGAGGCCCUGCCAGGUACAUUAAUCAUUCGUGUGCACCGAAUUGUGUGGCUGAGGUUGUGACUUUUGACAAGGAAGACAAGAUCAUCAUCAUCUCAAGUCGCCGAAUACCUAAAGGAGAGGAGCUGACGUAUGAUUACCAGUUUGACUUUGAAGAUGAUCAGCACAAAAUCCCGUGCCAUUGUGGAGCCUGGAACUGCAGGAAGUGGAUGAAUUAGCCCCCAGGGGCUCUUUGACGAGGCAGAGGCCAACCUGAUAGCCUGGCACAGGUGGUGCCCUCGGCUGGGCGAGAGAGGCCUUUCCUGCCAACUCUCCCAACCAGCCAGCAUGGCCGAGAGUCACCCCAGGAAAGCAUGAUUGGAACCUGCCAUCCCAACAUGCUCGUGGGGUAGCCGGGACCCAGAUUUAAAAAAAGGGGGCGAUGUCAGCCUGCCCGCCCCUGCAAGCCAAUACUGUUGGUGGUUUACAUCGAGUUGGUUCUUUUGGCAGUUGGGUUCGGUUGCCUCCUCCUUCUUGACAAGGCAAACCGACUUUUCCCCCAACAAAAAGGCAGCCGCCGCUAGCAACUCCACCCGGGGUGGGGAAACGGAUAAACUGGAACUCAGGGUUUUCUUUUUAGUAUUUUUCUUUUUGCGGGCAAAAUGGGGGAUCCUUCUACCCCGGUGCACCUGUAUAUAAUGGACUAUCUGAACGAUACUGCGGUGGGGUGGGGGAGAGAGCCCUGGGGCAUAUUCUGUCUAGCGGAGCUGGGAAAAGAGGGCUGCAGCACGGCUAGGGAAGAAUUGGUAGGGUUCCCCCCCCCGCACCCCCUUUGUGUGUGUGCGCGUGUUGGACGCAAGAAGAAUUUAAAAAAGAACCCCUAAUCUCUAUUGCUUGCUAAUCUACCAAGGUAACAAGAGACUUCAAAGAGACUUGUUUUAGCUUGACAAUCCACUUUCCAGAGCACCUCCCUCUGGAUUUUCUUUACUUUUUGGGUGUUGGAUUUAAACUUUGUGUGUGAGUGCGGGUGUACAUACGUGUGCUUUUAGGAAUCGGUCUGUUUCCGAGAGAAAGCAGGCGCUGCCUUGCAGGAAUUGGAAACAGAACGUCCCCCGUCUCUAGCCCUGCCCCCCCCCCCCCGAAAUCUUCCAUGUGCGAGGAGCAUCUGCACUUGAACCUACCUCAUUUGAAGCGUUAGAUUUUGGUGUCUUUUUUCCCCCCCUCUCCCCUCCCUCUCUCUAAUGUGAGCCCCUCGCUGUGCCGCCCUUCUUUCUGAGUCCCCCGAACACGGAGAGCCACAGUUGCCCUGUCAUCCAUGGGAAAUGAUUUGGAGGGGAGGGGAGAAAUGUCUUCUUCUGGACUUUGCCUCUUCUCCUCUUCUCUCUUCCUCCCCCCCGCAACCCCAGGUAGCCCUCAGUCUCCUGGACCUCUUUGGAGGCUGAACCGCAGAGCUCUGGGAAUCCCCAUCCAUCAACAGAAGAGCCGGACGCACUGCAAAACGAGGUGGCUUGACUAUGCCAAGGAGGAGAGAGAACUUCAGGUCACCUGAGACCACCCCCAGCAGAGCUGCUUGGUUGGUAGACCCAGGCCCGAGAGAUCCUUUUGCCUGUGGGCCAGAAGAGGGAAAUGCUCACUGAAUUAAGAAGGCCGGGGCGAACUCUUUGACCGUGUCAGGUGGCGGAGAGCUGGUUCACAGUGAGACUCGUCCCCUCCGGUAAAGAAGCAGUCGGUUCCCUCUCUCCUCUUCCCCUGAUCAACUUGCUGCUCUGAAGGCUCACCGUGUGGAUGCGUGCGAGUGUGGAUGUAUAAUUAUGUCUGUGUAUAUAAACAGAGGAGAUUGAGAGAUGUGGGCACAUUGCAGAGUUUGGGAUUAUUUAUCUAUUUAUAUAAAUAAAUAAAUAUAUAUAAAUAUAUAUAUAAAUAUAUAAAUAUAUUGUGUAUAUAUUUGAAAUAGCAUGGGGAGCAGAACACCCUGCCUGCAGGGUUCUUCUGGACUGCUGGGUGGAUCUCUGCAGAACCUUCCCCGCCCUCCCCCUCCAUUGGGUGGGAUGGGAGCUUCGGGAGAGAGAAUGAGAGAGAGAGAGAGAGAUACACUUGUUUAUUUGCAGAAUUUUGGGUAGGAAGCAUGUAAAGAGCUUGUUUCUAUGCUUCCUAUGUGUAUACAUAUAUAUUUUCCUUUUUUAAAAAUAAGAAAAAAAAAUCAAUUUAUAACCAGUAUCUAAAGAGCCAUCUGCCCAGCAGCAUCUCCCUCCCCCCUUAUAGGGAAAUUUCUUAUUAACCGAAGGCAAACUAUGGGCAUUAUACAGGUGAGACAGUCAGAAAUGCGUUUUCACCAUUUAAAAUAUGUGUUCUCCCUGCUGUUGAACGAAACUUUGGAAGACUGCUGUACCCUUGAACUGAAGUUGACGUGCAAGAGGAGCAAAUGUCAGAGGGUCUUGAUGGAGAAGGCUCUCUCGACUGACAAUGUUAUCAUUCAGAUUGUUUAACGCACAAUUACACCACUUCCCUUCUCCGGUUUCUAAACACACACAUCCUCCAAUACGCCUAUAAGAGUGGCAUCUAACCGACCACAGUUCACAGAUGAUCAAUCAGACAGUGCAGAGAGAACGUGUGCAUAGUCGAAGUCAGAAGAAGGACAAGAGGGGGUUUUUAAAAUCAGGGUUAGCAUGCAAAAGUGUCUUUAAAAAAAAAAAAAACUUGUGGCAAGAUGAGAACCAUGUUCUUGAGUGCAAAGCUGCUUCUGCAAAACCAAUCUAUGACGGUUACAAAACAGUAGGAGGUAAUGACAGAUUAUUAAAGUAAUUAAAACUGUAUAUAAGAUGACAUUUGUGUAGAGAAGGGGGGAAUUUUUAUCAUUUACAAAACCACUGGACGUUUUAAAAUAAAGGUUUGAGUUAAAGCCAGUAUACAUUUUUUGUCUCUUUGGAUUUUGUUUUUGUGUGUCUUUCCAUUAAUUUGGAAGGAAGGCUGUAAAGAUGUAAAAAAAAAUAAAUUUUAAAGAAUUGCUACAAAGGUUUAAAAGCUUGAGAGAGAUUUUAAAGAUGAUAAAAUGACUGAAUAUAAUAGAUUGUCAAGAUUUUUUGGGAUGACGGUUAGAGUUUAAGAUAAUUCUGUAGAUUUUA